AUGAUUACGACGAAAAAACUGGAACUUGAACUAUUAACCAUGAAUGUAAGGUUAAAUGUCAAACCUGUGAGGAAACUAAACCUUUUGAAGAAAUGUCAAUUGGAAUUCUAUUUAGUUUUGGUGAAAGAAGAUGAAAAACAAACCUACGAAGCAUAUGCUAACCCUCAUGUUGCCGAAGAAAAAAGGAUUUAUCAAAGAUACUUAAAAUUGAAAAAUAAGUUUAGCGAUGGAAAACAAAAAUUACGGGAAAAAAAGCAAAGAUUAGCAGAAUUAGAAGGGGAUAAGCAACAAGAGAAAGACACAAAAAAGCCUACUAACUGA